AUGCCGAAAGAUUUCGACCUUCCUCAGAAUCUCGACCUGAUACAGGUCUACACAAGAUGCGUCGAUGCGACGGGACCGCGCAAUUUCACGCCAGGACGAGCAGAGAUUAUUCCCUUACUAUUCUACACGAAUGUCAAGGGUGUCCUCAAACCAGUGGACAAGCUCUCCUCCAAAAGUCGAGAGAGCGGGCCGGUACGCGCACGGGGAAUGCAGGGAAACCGCGGGGGUUAUCAGACAUUUUCUGGGGUCAAUAUACCUCGUCCACAAACCCUUCUAGAGCACGACUUUUCGGAGAGGCCCAUAAAGCGCCGGCGUCGAGAUACUCAGAGCUCUCCAACCGAAAGUUUCAUCGACCUUUCCGAUGAUAAUGAAACAGGGCAUUCCGUUACGGAGUCGUCCUCGGUCAUUGGGAACACCGCACGCCUGUCGCCCGGAUCAAGCCAACAGUCACUAAAAGCCCAUAAGUCAAAGCGACCCAAGCGCAACGCAGUUGAUGAAUUUCGACAGGUUGAGAAGAAUAUGAGGGUUAUGGGGUCACAAGUUAGCCCCAAAUUAGGGGCCAAGAGAUUUCGCCAUCGCUUUUCCCCAGAUGAUGAACUCGAGCAGUGCUUCACUGGAAAUGCUGCCAGGGAAAGGCGCUUUUCAAUACCGAGUGUGAAGCAUGAGGUCCUUCAGAGUGUUGAGAUCAAAAAGCCAAGGCGACUCGAUAGGUCCGGGAGUCCAUCCCUUCACAGUCAUCCGACGAAUGAACGAAGAGACUCAGAAUCGCGAGAGAGCCCAGAUGAACUGCAAGGGGCGGCGACGGUGCAGCCCGCCCCGGACCUUUCCCGCGAUUAUCGUAAGAAAGACGUCAGGGGCGGCAUUAACGCUGGAAAGCAAGUGGCCCAAAGGAAGUCUUCACCAGCCGAUAUCCGACCGACUGUCUUCGUCCCUUCGUCGGAUCCAGGGCAAGGAAAAUUCAAGCGCAAGAAUACCAGAUCUGGAACACAUCCUAGUGCCGACCGGUCUUUUCAAGCAACCUCUGUUCGAUUUGGUACUAUCACCGGACCUUCCUCGGGCGAUGAGACCGUCGAGGUACAUGUUGAUCCAAUCAAUGAGAAAAUCAAAAUGACCGGGUCCGACCCUGCGAAUUCGUUUCAGAUACCCUUCAACAAAGUUUUCAAGAUCUUUCGAGGAACCUCGCCAAGCUGUAAAGUUAGGCUCGCUCUCAGGCCCGAAGGUACCGGUGAUCAAUCGGUGGAUAUAAAUCUCACAUCGUCGGAAGCCAAGGAGGACUUUUACGCAUUGCUUGCCGCCAGUGGGGCUAGAGUUGUGGAAAAGGAUGGUAAAUGGAUGGAUAAUGCUUUCAAAAGAAACGAAAAUACGAAUACCUCAGGAAGGUAUCUGAACGGAAUCAAGCGAUCAUGCACUGAGAGGGCCCCCGAACAGGGUUCCGAGACCACAGCUGAAGUACCGAAACGGCCAAAGCUUUCAGCCUCAUUACAGAACGACCUCAAAACUAACGCAGUUUCGCAAUCUGGCCCAAGCGGCUUGUCCUCAAAAUCUGGACUUAUGCAGAAGUCCCGAGAAACAGCUUCCUAUAGAACGACGGAAGCAACCUCUGUUAAAGCAGGUACUGAAGAGGCGGUGGAGAUACCAGUCAAGAAGUACACAGGAGAGACCACACCUUCCAGUCGUGCAACAAGGUCCACGACGCGUCGUAUGCUGCCGACAACAGUGGUUUCCGAUGAUGAGAAGGAAAACUCGCCUCAACAGCAAUGCGAAAAGAUUUCCCGAAAGUGGCAGAGGCCACUUGUAUACCCACGUUUCGGCAAGAAGAAAGCUGAAGUUGAUGGUCAAGAUCUUGAACGACUGCGUGAUAACGAGUUCUUGAACGACAACCUGAUCGGCUUCUACAUACGCUUCUUGGAGGAUCAUCUGGAACGAAACAACAAGGAAGUCUCAAAAAGAGUUUACUUCUUCAAUUCGUACUUUUUUGCAACACUUACGAACUUGCCUAGAGGUAAGCAAGGUAUCAAUUACGAAGGCGUUCAAAAAUGGACGAGGAAUGUCGACAUAUUCAGUUACGAUUAUAUCGUGGUCCCUAUCAAUGAAGCAGCGCAUUGGUAUGUUGCGAUUAUAUGCAAUCUACCGAAACUUCCGGGCAUUGCCAAGGAAGAAGGGUUGAUUGAUGAACUUGUGGAAGGAAACACAGAGCCUUCAGCGCCACCAAAGCGUGACGAUUCGGAGAAUCCGAACACGCCGGAGGCCGCUGGGAACAUACCUUCCGACAGCGGAGAGAUCGAAACUGGCGCUCGUUCUGCACCAAAUCCGGAAAAGGAGGAAUUGGCAAGGGAGUCGUUGGCUGCCAUGAGCUUGUUGGACCAAAAGGAGAUGAAGAAAAGGGAGGAGCUGGAAGUACCUCCUUCUGACGAAGAGUGGCCAGAGAAAGAGGAGAACCCUGUAUCCUCUCCCGCAAAGCUCUCGAGUCCGCCAAGAGAUACGGAGCCCUGCAAGCAGGUCAAUUCUCAAGAUGCAAGUCAAUCCUCGGUCUCAGGAUGUCAAAAGUCACGGAAGCCAAAGAAAAAACGCCAGGGUCCAAGAUAUGAUGCAUGGCAGCCGACGGUCAUCACGUUUGACUCACUAAACCUGUCACGCUCUCCCACCAUCAGCGUCCUGCGCAACUAUCUCCGUGAAGAGGCCCAAUCCAAACGUGGCCUCGAGAUUGACACAACCCUGAUCAAGGGGAUGAAAGCUCCAGAAAUUCCAUUGCAGCCCAACUAUUCGGAUUGUGGCCUCUAUUUGCUCGCAUAUGUGGAGAAAUUUGUGCAGGAUCCGGACACAUUUGUGACGAAAUUGCUCCGAAGAGAUAUGAGAGUGGAGGACGAUUGGCCUCCUCUAAGGUCAGGGCUUCUUCGUUCUCGAUUGCGCAAGUUUCUUGACAAUUUGUAUGACGAACAAGAACAACUGAGUCGCGAGAAGGCGGCUGAAAGGGCUACUAUGGCGGACCGACAGCCAAUAUCUUAUCUCCUUGGACGAUCUGAAGACAAGACUGAUCAUGCAGCUGAGAAUAUGGGGGAUGCAUCCGCAACGCGAUCUGAGAAGUCGCCAAGCAGAGAUCCACCACCCGAGAAGUCCGGUUUAGAGCCUGCUCAGAAGCCAAGAGUAGGGGACUCGCAGUCCGUGGCUAGGAGCUCGUCCAGAGAUGGUACGCCAGAUAGUAAGAUGAAAGCGAAAAGGUCACCGCCUCGGACGAUGGCAGCAAGUGCAUCAGGGAGCACUACUCACAAGGAGGUUGUCGAGGUCCCUGACAGUCAAGAACAAGUUCAACCGGAGAAUGAGACGUCGCCUUAUCUCCUUCACGUUGAAGACUCUCAAGGCGGACAGGCGCGAUCUCAGCCUCAGGGUCCAAAACCUAUUGAAGAAGGCGCAGAACAAAUACGGAUACCUCAUCAAUCAGCGGAUGACAGCAUUGUUGAGGUUCAAGUCCUUGGGACGCCUCCGCCGGGGUUGUCAACAGACAGGCGGGAUGGUGUUCGAAAGAGCCCGAGGUCGCUCAAGAAAAGGGCUUGA